AGCAUCAUCUGGCUGUCUGGCACUAUCAAAGGAUUGCAUUUCUGACCCAACAAGAGCUCGUGGGUGGAUGGGGGCAGGAAGGAGGUUGGGGAGAGGGACUGAUGCUAGCCAGGCUGCCUCACGGUGCGGUGGAGAAACACGUGGCCGUGCCAUUAGCAUCCUGUUUAGCUCCUGGACGAGUUUCAUCUGUGACACCUACAUAGUCCUCACUUGGAACAGCAGGAUAAAAAGCGGCCCUGGUGUUCACGCCUCUUCUGAUGAGCCACACACCAGAACAUGGCGGAACAGAAGGCAAGGCCACGCAAAGGAGGGCCAGAGUCAGGUGGCAGAGCAGGUGACAUCUAGACUCUCAGCUCUUUGCAGGCAGCUAUUUUAACAGAGCCAUUUUACUGCAGCUAUUUUGACAUGAGGAUAUUUUGAUAUGUCCCCAAAAUUCUGCUGAUAAAUGCUCAGCUUUCGAAAAAAAUAAAUGAUGAGUAA